UCGUUAUGACUACCACAAAAAAGAUAAACCGAAUCAACAAAUAAAUUCGUAUUUAAAAGUCGGGAAACACUAACUUUUACCACAAAUGAUUCGUCAAACAAUAGCAUUCUUUCGUUUACGAAUUUUGUCUGGAUAGUUUGAAGUUGUUUACUAUCGAUUUCCUACUUCUAUAUUUGGCGCGCUUAGUAAGUCAAGCAUUACUAAAUAAAUAAAUGCAUCACAUGUAAAGGUUCUGAAAGCAAUCGCUUAUUAGCAACUUCUCUGUUAAACUUUGAAGCUACAACACUGUUCUUGAAGGAUGUAUUUCUUUGGUUUUCUGCUUUGUAUAUGGUUCAAUGAAGUAGUAGUUUGCUGGGAAAAUCAUUAUGACACAAAUCUUGAAUUCUCCUGUCCGACUAAUAGCGUGAUAACAACCAUGGUAUCAAUACAUAGCAAUUAUUUUGGAGAUCGAGUAUGGAGAUUUUCUUGUGAUAAAAAGGUGAAAUUAGGAACGUCGAUCUGGAGUUACUAUCGUAAUGACUACGGUGCCUACUUGGAGUUCAAAUUUCCGCAGAAUUUUGUUCUGACUGGUAUGGGAGGUAUGCAUAGAAAUGAAGGCAAUGAUAGGAGAUAUAAAUUCCGUUAUUCCAGAAUACUUGGAAAGAUACAAGGCUCCUGCAAAUGGACUUGUUAUCUCAACGAUCUUGAUAGAAAGCUGAAUUACAACGUGCCAUGUCAAUACUAUAUAACUGGCAUAAGAAGUACCUUUAGCAAAGAUCACGAAGAUCGACAAUUUUAUCUUCGCAUUUGCAAGUUCAACUGAUUGCAUUUCAAGUCAAAGCAACAAGUCAUCGACCGAUAACAAAAGCAAAAGUGUAGAUGUGUUUUUUUUAUUUCCACCAAUUUAUAAUGUACUAUUUUGAGAAACAAAAUUUAUUCGAUAUAGUUUUUAACGUUUAAUCAAUCUAUAGAAUUUGUUGUUGCCCGUCUAAUUAAUUAAUUUUUACCUCUUUAUAUUGUGUGUCCUGCCUAACUGUCCUGCAUUACAUAUUAAUUCUUUUCUCAGCGCAGGUAAAUUUGGUUAUACCGUUGUUCUUGCUUAAUGUCUACGUAAAAGCGUCUUUUUGUUAAAACUUUUAUUACCGUUGCUCAAUCGUCGCUACUCUAAAGACGGAUGUGCUUUCGGAAUUGUUAAAGAUGUCCUUCUGUAGAGGCUUGUCUUAUUUUUCAAAUCUAGCUAUCUUUUACUCUGUAACACCGCAGUUUUACAAUCUUUAUCCCAAAGCCUGUUUUAUUUUUACUAAAAGAUUAGUGCUAAGACGUAUUAUAAUACGUCUUAGCACUACAACUAGAAUAUAUGCCAAUAUUAUGCCAUUUGGAAAUCUAAAUGUGGAAAUUUAAAAGUUCGAUUUCGUUUAGUUAGAAAGAGCUUAUGUAAAGAUUAUAUACGAUAACUUAGAUUAACUCAUGAAUAUGAUUAGAACUUGGAACGUACACCAGACCCUUUUUUCACCGAGAGGAUUUGUUGUACAAAGUUUUGACACGUGAUUAACACAAAUUGUCGUGUUUUUGGAUAUUCACACGACUUUUGAGAAUUAUUAUAGUUCGAAACGUAUGAUUACAAGUUUGACAACUUGUUCGGCUUUCACAAACCUUAAAGCGAGUGCUAAAAGUUGCUGUAAAGCUGAACUAAAUGGUUUUUACG